AGUUUUGAUCGCGACGAAGUAAACGUUUCCACGUUAACGAGACUCAUUCGGUUUCAUGUAUAUGUAUGGGAACCCUCAUUGAAACAUUUGGAGAAAUGAUGAAAACAAAAAGUUUCAAAUACGUGAAGCACUUUUCUGGUUUUCCAAAAGCAACGGAUCUGGAGCUAGUUGAAGAAGAAUUAUCGCCAUUGAAAGAUGAAGAAUUUCUUGCUGAGGCAGUAUAUCUAAGCGUGGAUCCUUAUAUGAGGGCUUUCUCUGCAGGUUUUCCGAUCGGUGAGACUAUGGUUGGAUAUCAGGUAGCAAAAAUUAUAGAAACCAAGAAUUCCAAAUUUCCCCUUGGUAAAUACGUCGUUGGAGGAUUUGGUUGGAGAACUCACACCAUAUCGAACGGAAAAGGAGAUUCUCAGAGCUUCUUGUCUCAAGAUCCGUAUCUAGUGGAGGAUUGUGAAGAUUUUUCAUUAUCUAGCAUACUGGGAGUUCUAGGACCUUCUGGUUUUUCAGCAUACCAUGGCUUCCUGGAAAUUUGUACUCCUGAAAAAGGAGAAACAGUAGUUGUUUCGGCAGCAGCUGGGUCAGUGGGGAGUCUUGUGGGACAAAUUGCUAAAAUAAAAGGUUGCACGGUAAUAGGAAUCGCUGGCUCCGUUGAAAAAGGAAAUUGGUUGCUAAAUGAAUUGGGAUUCGAUGGAUUCAUUAACUAUAAAACAGAAGAUAUACAUGAAAAACUAUCAAAGUUGGCUCCAAGAGGAGUGGAUUGUUAUUUUGACAAUGUUGGGGGAAAUAUCAGUUCGAUUGUUUUGCGUCACAUGAAUGAUAGUGGAAGAAUUUCAGUUUGUGGUUUGAUUUCAGAAUAUAACGAAGAGGAGAAAAAAGGUAAUCAUUUUAUUGAAAUCCAAUCAAACCUUACUUUAUCAACAUUUAAAUUCACAAAAAUUUUGAUAGUGAAUCCAAUUAUUUGUAUUUUGAAACGGAAACCCUAUACAUGUUUAAUUGCAAAAGAGUUUUAUAUUAAUAAAACAACUCAUCUUAUCUAUGGAUUCUUGUGUGAGAAAUGGUAUGGAAGAACCGAUGGAAGAGAUCAGUUGAUCCAGUGGUUGAAAGAAGGAAGAAUCAAGUAUCAGGAAACGAAAACGAAAGGUUUUGAUAAAAUGUUUGCUGCUUUCGUAGAUAUUCUAAAUGGUCGUAAUUGUGGUAAAGCCAUAGUGGAAGUUUAAAAAUCGAUAAAAAUAUUUUGGAAUGAAUGACCUAAAUAUCCUAAAUAUUGUGACAAAUCCAAUUUUUUUAAAUACUGAUGAGAUCGUAGCUGUUAAUUAAACCAUGUAAUACAUAGCAUCGAACUUAUAUAACAAUUGAACGUUAUAUCUGAAUUAAUGACAAACAGAUUGUGUUUAUUUCACUAAUAUUAUCCAUUAGUCACUGUUCCAACCACACUAAAAAUAAUAUAAAUAAUUACCUUCAAAACCUG